AAUUAUCUCCUUCAAAUGUUUUAUAUUUAUCUUUUCAGGAUUACACUCAAUACCAUGCAGUGAGCUCCGGUGGACCCAGGAUGAAUGAUGUUAUAGCGUUCAAGAUGGUUGAGAUGUCUAGUAAUUAUACUCCGGAAGUAUCCGAGUAUAAGGAGGGUAGAGUGGUGGAUAUUCAAGAUAAUCUGGUCACAUUUAAUAUUGUAUCACAGCAAACUUUAAAAAGGUUAACCCUCAACAGUUCUUGAGAUUGUUUCUGUCAUGAAGAUUAAAACAAUGCACGCACUGGGUAUACAUGGUACAUACAAGGGUUAUCGACCUGCCACUGAGGCAGUCUAUUGUGCUCUUUAAAAUUUACUCUCAAACUAAAGAUUUCUAACAAGGACCGGCAAGUUUGAGUUGAACCCUGAGGAACUCCCUUUUCAAGAACCCAUCGUUCAGAUCCACUGGUCUGCAGUUCUAGAACCAAGACUAGUGUUCCCAUAAUACAGAUAUACACUGUUCAAUAGCUUUGUUAUUAUUGACCCAUCAUUUUUUAAAGACAAAACGUCUAUGGUGAACAUUGUUAAAUUUUUCAGAUAAAAUGUCGAUUGAUGAUCCUGAAAUUGAAGCUGAGGGUUUAGAUGAUCCUGGAAUAGUUCCUGAAACUCCUGAGCUUGAUGAACCUGAAUCUACUCAAGGUGGAGAUAGUAUAAAAGUAGUUCCCGAAUCUGAGGAACUAGUUGAAGAAGAUAUCCUGGAAGAUGAUGAUAAAGAGAACGACCGAAUGGAGGAUGAAGAUUAUGAGACUGAAGAACAAUCUGGAAAUAUUUUGUCUGAUAAGACCAAUACACUCAACACUCGGAAGAAAGGAGAAGAGGAAGAAGAGAAGAGAGCUAAACUAUUCAGGUUUCCCCAAGGAACUAUCAAGAAACUAGUUAAACUUGAUGAAGAUGUUCACAUGGCAAGUCAGGACGCUGUAUUUAUGAUCUCGAAAGCAACAGAACUCUUUAUAGAAACCCUAUCCACAGAAGCGUUCUCCUUCACGAGUAAAAACAAGAAGAAAACUAUUCAGAAAAAUGACGUGGACACAGCUAUAGAGACAACGGAAGCAUUAGCAUUCUUGGACGGAGCCAUGGACGAUUAGAUUGUUUCAUUCUUAAACGGAGACAGAGAAUUUCAACGGAGAUUUUAAAAUACUAAUAUCUUCUUAACUGACAUGAAUCACAUAAAGUAUUGGUUUCCCCGAUAUUUUGGUCAUCCAAAAAGAUCUUAGGGAAACCCUUCGAGUUCAUGAGAAAUAAUUCUUGACAAAUUCUUUUAACCUAUAAAAUAUAUAUUAAAGGUUUCAUGUACAGUUAGUAAUCUCUUUCCUUAAAGUCUGCGUCAUUCUUUUUUUCCCUAGGAUACUAAUAUCAGAAACCUUUAUACAAAGCGUCAGAAACCAGCAGAUAAUUAUGUGAUACCUUGAUAAAUCUAAUACGCUUAAAGUAAUAUUCCUUCCAUUACGCUUAAACUUGUAAUCCAUCAAGGUUGACCUAGAAUUAUCCUUUACACGUGUAAUCCAUUACUCUGAAAUUAGAAAAUAGCAAUGAAUUUCAUUUGAGGUAGUCAUCAGCUCUACUUCCCUCAUCCAUUUCACUAACUAGUUAUCCAUUACUCCUUAAUGUUCAUCUAAAUAGUGAUGAAUUACUCCUUAACUAGCACUAGCAAUCCAUUACACUUGAGGUAAUCAUCUUUUUUUAUUUCAACUAGUUAUUCAUUUCUUUCAACUACAAUUCCUUUACUCUUCCUCUAGCAAUCCAUUACACUCUAACUAUAAUCCAUUACUCAAGCAAUUAAUACAUUACUGAUAAGUGAUAGUAAUCCAUUAGUCUUCAAGUAAUAAUCCAUUUCUCCUCAACUAGUAAUCUAUUAAUGUUCGAAUAGUUGUCCUCAACUGUUGAUCCAUUCACUUGAUACAGAGUCCAUUACACUUGGAUUACACUCCAUUACACUUGAAUAAUCCAUUUAUUGUCUAGAACUAGUUUUGUAAAUAUUUGUAUAUUUCAGA